AUUUGAACGUCAUCGUUUUAAGGUUUAUAAUUACUUAUUGAUUUUUAAUUGAUUAUUUAAUUUUUAAACAAUUAAGUAACUUUCAGUCUAUGGCAAAGACUGUGCCAGUAAACUAUUUUUCAGAUCUUGCUGCAGGAAAUGACAUCAUUUUUGGAAAAAGCCAAUGAGAAGGAAAGAAAUGUUAUUGAUUACUAUGUAAAGAAGCAUGUGAUGUUAAAUUUGUCUUUAUCCUUUACGGGCUUUUUAACGGCAUUAUUAUUUGUCUUUGGCCCUUUUAUUUUGUCAACACCUCUACCAACUGAUGCAAAAUAUCCUUUCUCUAUAGAUUCGAACUUAACAAGGUUCAUUAUUUAUUUGCAUCAAAGCUUUGUUGCCUUUCAAGUCGCGUCUGGAAUGACAGUUGAUUGUUUGUGUGCUUCCCUGCUUUGGUAUACUGCUGCGAGAUUUAAGAUAUUAGCUGACGAUUUUCAAAAUGUACAAGAUAGGAGCGAUGUCUUUCUGCGAAUUCGUCAACAUCAACAUCUACUGAUCUAUGCAAAAAAUUUAAGGAUGGCAAUACGGGGAAUAGUAUUUUCUACACUGUUCACUGCAACCAUUAGUAUUGUUUUUGCUAGUGUUCCUUUCUUCACAACAACUAAAGUAGGAACAGCUGCUUUCCAUUCUUCUUGGAUUGGUUUGCCACCAGAUCUAUUGAAAUGUUGGAUUCUUAUUCUUAAAAUGUCACAGAAAGGUGUUACAAUAAAUAUUGCUGGUAUUCUUCCAACGUUGUCUUUGGCUUAUUUUUUUCAAUUCAUUUCCAAAGUAUUUUCCUAUCUCGCCACGCUAAGAAUUGUUAUAGUAAAGGAAAUUAAUUGA